AUGGUGCAACCAACAGAACAACCAACUAAUCCUCCUACUCAGCCACCAACAAACCCUCCUACACAAGAACCAACUGAUACUCCCACAGAGCCAACAACAGAGGAGCCAAUAGAAGACCCCACAGAAGAACCAACAGAGGAGCCAAUAGAUGAUCCCACAGAAGAACCAAUAGAAGAGCCUAUAGAAGACCCCACAGAAGAACCAACAGAGGAGCCAAUAGAAGUCCCCACAGAAGAACCAACAGAUGAGCCAAUAGAAGACCCCACAGAAGAACCAACACAGGAGCCAAUAGAAGAUCCAACAGAGGAACCAACAGAGGAGCCAAUAGAUGAUCCAACAGCAGAACCAACAGAGGAGCCAAUAGAAGACCCCACUGGAGAACCAACUGAGGAGCCAGUAGAAGAUCCAACAGAAGAACCAACAGAGGAGCCAAUAGAUGACCCCACAGAAGAGCCAAUAGAAGAUCCAACAGAAGAACCAACAGAGGAACCAAUAGAAGAUCCCACAGAUGAACCAACUGAGGAACCAAUAGAAGAUCCUACAGAAGAACCAACUGAGGAACCAAUAGAAGAUCCUACAGAAGAACCAACAGACAAACCAAUAGAAGAUCCUACAGAGGAACCAACUGAGGAGCCAGCUGAAGAUCCCACAGAAGAGCCAACAGAUUUUCCCACAGAGCCACCAACAGAAGAGCCAACAGAUGUUCCCACAGAGCCACCAACAGAAGAGCCAAUUGAAGAUCCCACAGAACAGCCAACAGAAACUCCCACAGAAGCACCAACAGAAGAAACAACUGAUGCUCCUACAGAAGUUCCAACAGAAGAACCGACAGGAGAGCCAACAGAAGCACCAACAGAAGAGCCAACAGAAGAACCCACAGACUCGGCAACAGAAGAACCAGUAGAAGAGCCCACAGAGGCACCAACAGAAGAGCCAACCGAUGCAACCACAGAAGCUCCAACAGAGGAGCCAACAAAAGAACCACAAGAUCCAACAGAAGCUCCUACAGCAGUGCCAACACAAGAACCAACAGACAUUCCCACAGAGGAACCAUCUGAGGCUCCUACAGGCGCACCAACAGAAAAACCUACAAAUCCUCCCACUGAGAUACCAACAGAAGAGCCCACAGAAGAACCUACACGUACUCCAGCUACCACCCCACCCACAGAAGCCCCAACAACAAGGCCAACUAUAACUGAAAUUCCUUCUACCGCCACUCCUUCAGAUGUGCCAACAGUAGCUCCCACAAAUCCACCUACUACUACUACUACUACUACAAUAAAGCCAACUAAUGUACCAACUGAUGCUUCACCAACCAUUGCCAGUCCAACAUCUGCACCAACAGUAACAACGACGAGUGAACUGCCUCAAAGUACGACUCCCAGCUUGCCACCUACUACCACCAGUACAACCACUACUACAACCACCUUGAGACCACAUAUACCAACCAGUUCUACGACGAUCACAAAAUAUUUUGGAGAUUUAUCACCAAUUAAACCAUUAAAAGAUUGGGCUGAUGAUAUUUCUGAUAAAUAUGACGAUACUUUAAGGGACUCAGAAAUUCAAAACAUUUUGAAGAAUUAUGAUAAAGAGAGAGAAUCUCAAGCUGUUGUUAAAAAACCAAAGCAGAUCAGGCUUGCAGUCAUCAGGAUGAAACUAAAAAUGUAA